AUGUCUAUAUCAGGAGAAGGUGUAGUUCUUUAUUUGUUUAAUGAAUUUGAAUGCUUGUCAAUUAGUAAAAUAAAAACUAUAGAAUGUAUUAUUUGAUAAAUAUACGUAAGAUGAAUAGCAUUAAUUAUUUAGAACAAAAUUGAUAACAUUAAUUUAAUAAAAUUAAGAAACUAAAUUAAGUUAUGCAGAUAUUUAUUAGUAAGAGGCCAAUGAUUUGAAUUAAUAUAAUGAUAAAGAAAUAACUAAAUUUAUUGAAUUAAAUACUUACAUACUAUUGAGUUUACAACAGUAAGAUAUUAUUUAUUUUAGUUAUCUGAUAAAAGUUAAAUAGAAGGAUAUCUUUUAUUAAGAAUAAAUAUACAAAUUUUGUUCAAAAUAUUAUAUGUAAUUUUAUACCCAAAUAGUUGAACUAACAAAUUCUCAUAAUGUAAAAAAUUAUGAAUUAGACAAUAUAUUCAAUUACUUUGACUAUUUGGGAAAUCCUAAUAAAUGUCGACAAAAGGAGUAAUAAAAAAAAUCUCAAAUGAAAAUAGAGAGGAAUUUAAAAGAAUUAAUAUAAUAUUGA